AUGUCGACACAAGAGUACCAAUACCCGGCCUCCUACCUACAACCGCAAAAGUCGGAGCGCAUCCUUUCAUUUCGGUCACAAAAUCAAAUGUCGCCAACUAUGAACCCGUGGGAAUCAUGCGCGUUGCAGUAUCAAUUCUCCGAGGAGACUGAGCAAGCUGCCCAUGGAAAGCCUGGUGCUUGGCGACAACCGCAAGCCGCCGCCGAUCCUGUCAUGUACCCUGGGCUUUACUGUCCCAGUGGAUUCGACAUGAUGAGCAUCCUCCUUCGCGUUGCCGGAAGACCAAACCCCAAGGUGGAACUCGGUGCAAUCGACUGCUCUGUCGCCCUUCUCCUCUGUGAUCUCGAACAACCCGACUGCCCGAUCGUCUACGCCUCCGAACAUUUCAGCAUCCUCACCGGUUACAGGAAUAGCGAAAUUAUUGGCAAAAACUGCCGCUUCCUCCAAGCGCCUGGCGGAAAGGUCAGCCAAAAGUCCGCUCGGAAGCACGUCCCAAAGGAAACCGUCAAGAGCAUGCGCAAGGCUGUCGAGGCGAACGACGAGUUCCAGGUCGACGUGCUCAACUUCAGGAAAGACGGCACUUCCUUCGUCAACCUGCUCACCAUGAUCCCUGUCCGAUGGGAUUCUCAACACUUUCGAUACUCUGUCGGCUUCCAAGUCGCCCUAGAGGACUGA